CGCGUUUCUGCCCAAGGCGAUGCCCGUACAUGCCAACCUUCCCACCCCCGCGCAAGCAUAUGCGGCACAACACACCUCCCCUCCGUCUUCGUCAACAGACAACGCUCGUCUCUCCCCGGUGUCAAUGCGCCGCGCCCCAUCGACGUCCCCCAACUCCGGACAGGGGGGUGACCCGCCGUCCAUCGACCACGUCGGCUCUCCCGCACCAACGUACGCCUCAAACAACAGCUCGAGCCCUCUCCCCUCCCCACCUACGCAGGGUUCGAGGCCGUACGACAUCGCCCUGGCCGAAUCAGUCAUUCCCGUCUCGGAAAGCGUCAAGCAGAUGCACCAGCAAUUCCAACAGCAAAGCCAGUCGCAGAGCCUCAAACGCUACUCGAUGGCUCCUUCCAUCGCGCCCUCUGUCGCUUCUGGUCCACCCCCGCCCGUACCGGCAUAUCCCCUGGGUAUGCAAUCGUAUAACCCGCUAAACGCUUACAACCCACCUGCAACACCCGCGCCGCCACCCAUUCAGCAACAACAGCAGUACUCUCCUUCCGUUCCUGGCUACCCACAACAGGGAUUGGCGCAUUCCCAGUCACUCUACUCACUCCCUACUGGACCGCCUCGCGGGCACGUCCCGCCUGCACCGGGGCAGAUGUAUCCUCAGCCUGGGUAUCCGCAGGGACAGGCGCAGCCCUGGGGCCAACAGGGGGAACAGGGUGGACAGCAGCCUGUGUCGGGGUGGCAGCAGCAAGGCACCUACCGGAGGUGAGGUAACCAACU